AUGAUGGCGGUUCGUCUAACGUUUCUUUCCUGCAUCAUUGUAACAGCGGUUGCUUUAAAAGAGGGCGAUCGAUGCUCGAUCAACGAUCAAACCGGCAUCUGCACGCUCAGCUCUGCCUGUCAAGAGUUGGAAAAGGUGCAGCAACUGGGUGUUCGACCGAAGAUCUGCGGGUACGCAGCGAAUCGUGAGAGGAUCGUCUGCUGUCCCCGGUUUGAUGCAGUUCCCAAGCAGGCCAUGCGAAAAUGUGAACAAUAUUGUGACGAGUAUCGGAAGCUGGCAUCAACUGAAAUCAGCUUUGGAAGUUUCUUGUUGGAUCCUGGAGCGGAUCGGCGGGUUUUUGUUCCAAAAUGUGACGAAGCGAUUGGUUUGAUCGUUGGCGGUACACCUGCCAGGCCAGAGCAGUUUCCUCACAUAGCUGCGCUAGGCUGGUUGGAAAAUGGCAAAUUCAACUUCAAAUGCGGUGGAUCACUCAUCAGCGAUCGCUACGUACUGACUGCCGGACACUGUUUGAUCACUACGGACGGACCUCCAGUUCUUGUUCGCCUGGGUGACUAUAAUCUGCAAUCCACGAAGGACGGCUAUUUGGGAACGGAUGUUGAAAUAGAAAAGAUAGUAGCGCAUCCAACUUAUAAACGAUCCGUAAGCAGAUACAACGACAUCGGUCUGGUGAAACUCAAUCGAACGGUAACAUUCGGCCCAACCAUACGACCAGCGUGUUUGUGGACAUCGGAAGAAUCAAACCGCAAAGCGAUCGCCAUCGGAUACGGAGCUAUUGACACGUCCGGCAACCAUUCCAACGUUCUUAUGCAAGUGGGACUUGACAUUCUGGCAUACGACGAGUGCAGUUUGGCAUACCUUGGAAGCCCAAAACUACCACAAUCAAUCAUCGAAUCCCAGCUCUGUGCGCACACUGUGGAAGGAGGCAAAGACACCUGCCAUGGAGACUCCGGAGGACCACUUCAGAUCACCACCGAAGACCACAACUGCGUGUACUACCUCGUCGGGGUGACCUCGUUCGGGAUUUCCUGCGGAGGUUUCAUACCUGGCGUUUACACCAAAGUUUCCGCCUAUCUGGAUUGGAUUGAAUCGGUCGUUUGGUAACUUUUUUAAUAAAUACAAAUACCUCUCGCACAGU